UAUAUUUUUAUUGAUGAUGAUUCAUUAAUUUUGUGAUACCUUCUUUAAAAUUUUAUAAGAACAAUAGUUAUCAUUUACAUCUUCUUUGUCUAAAAUUUACAAUAUCAUCAUAUAAAAUUUGUUCUAAUAUUGGUUCAAAAGUUAGUGAAACAGAACAGAAUAAGGUAUACCCAAAAUAAAUCGUUUCAACUGAAAUUAACAAUGAUAAGGAUUUCACAAAGGAUUGACUGAAAUUUGAAAGGGUCUUCCAAAGAUUAUUUUGCCAAUGCUGGGAAACUUGAAAUCAAAAUUUGGUUGGAUAUACUGUAUGUAACAUUUGCGCUCUGCGGAUGUAUUCAUUCAUUCAUUGCAUUCUGCAUUGUCAAAUUUGACGUCUAUCAGCUCUAGAACUAGAACUUCUACUCUGUUAUCUGUCACUAGAGCCUAGUCUAGUUAUGUUAUUUUUUGUAUGAGCUACUAGAGAGUUUAAUAUAAAUGGAUUGAGGAACAUCCUACCCAAUUUUCUUCAUUUGAAGGCAAAUUCAAGAUACCCAUGCUAAAUAGUACUGGGUAAACAAGCACAAUGGAAGUUGCCAUCUGUGCUAACAGUGUAAAAGAAGACUGCAUUAUUAAGUCUAAAACAUCAACUAACAGCGAAAUGACUUCAAGUACGACAUCAAUGACUUCUAGCUUAUCAUCUCCUGUUGAUUCAGGUGUUCAACUUCUUGAUAGCGAGAGUGAAGCUACAUCAGUUAUGUCAGCCAGUGGAACUGGAUGUGAGUUGGAGUCGAUUCUUGUCUCAGACAAUGAAUCUUCAACUAAAACGAAUGCACCAAAUAAGCAUAAUGAUUCAAAAAGACUAACUGUAAUAGAUUUAACAGCCACAGGUAAUUCAACAGGAAAUAACCAGGAUAAUAUACAAAAUGCUAGAAUUGAAACCAGUCAAAAUGAAAUAGAAAACAAUGAACUUAAAUGUCAAAUGGAUUUAUUUGAGAAAGAAUUCGGAAUAGCGAGUAUAAAAGAAUUAUUUUUGUCCAAUAAAGAAAAUAUUGAAAAAAGAUCUACAUUAGAUUUAUUCAGUGAAAACUUUAAUUAUACUGAUAAACUAGAAUUUUACUCAAAGCAGAAUAGUAUUAUAGGAUCUAGAUCCUCCCCUUGUAUAAGAAAUAGUGGAUUAUUGGAUUUUAGUGUCCAUGGAACUAUGAAUCAAAAUUUAAGUGAUGAUGUUUUUGAAAUGGAGCAUCCUAUCCAAGGCAAGCUUCCAUCUGCAACAACAGAAACAGAUUUGAUGAAUGUGUCUUUAACCAGUUAUGAAUUAUUGGAUUAUACAUCACAAAAUCAACUUGUCCCUGUUCUAAAUGAUCAAAUGAAUGUAAGCCUAUCUGAAGAAGUAAAUGAAAAUCUAUGUUCUCAAUUGAAAACCAAUAUUCAGCAGGUCGAAGAAAAUGUUCCUCAAGAAGUACCAGUCAUUGAACCUGAACCUAAAGCAACAGAUGAACAAAUCGUUUAUCGUAGACAAAGAAAGAAGAAAUCUAAGUCUGAUACACCAAAAAAAAGGGUAUCUUUUCAUGAAGAUAUAUUGAACAGUACGAAAAUUGACGAUAUACACAUUAAUCAUGGUUUCAUAACGCAUGAACCAGAUGUGUCUUUUAGUUUCUUUCAGAGAGGAUUUAUAAGAAAGCCAGAUGUAGUGAAAGGACGCUACAGUUGGGCAGCUGAAGGUGAUGCACCAUAUUAUGAAAAACCGGUAUCAAACCGAAAGACAAAUUCAGACAUGUAUAUACAGAAUCAGAAAUACUCAUCAACUUCUUCAAGCUCAACUGGAAGUAUCUCCAGUUCUAUAGACGAAGAAGAUUCUUCAGAUGAAAAUGUGCCGAAGAAGAAUCCAUCUCAAUCUCAACCAAAGUCAAGUUGUUUAAAGAAAACUUCAAAAAAGAGAACCAUAGACACUAAGAUUGUUCAUGAAGAAAUUAAUAUUCCCAGACAGAAAUCUGAAAAUAACCUGUUGGACUCUAAUAUUUUUGGUAGUUUGAAGAAUAUAUUAACAUUCUCAACAUCUGUUCCUCUUGCAGAAAGAGGAGUUCCCGAAGGACAAGAAGAUAUACCAGUAUAUACUUCAGGAAAUGAAAAAUCUAACCGUAGACGCUCUUGCACCAAUUUCUCAUUCUUAGAAUCUGAAGAUAUGAUUAUAAAAGAAGAGCCUGUGAAAAGAAGAGGCAAUCUUAACCUAGAAGUUGCUAAAAGUAACUUCAGAUUGUCAAGAAGUGAAGGUUUUUAUCCAAACUAUCCAGUUGAUCAGCAAUUACCACCUAAUAUCAUUUUGUGUGAUAGCAAUGUUUAUGAACACAAAGGUAUAAGUUAUUCUUAUGAGUAUGACAACUUCCAGAAGGCAUUUGAACAACAGAGCAAACCCAAAAGCUCUACCAUAUACCAAAUGAUAAUGAAAGAGUUUAAUUUCUUUAGAAAAAAAGCUAAGGAAGAACCGGAAAAGGAAGCAAAAGAAGAAGUAGAGGUAGUCAUGUCUACUCCAUUGAAAAAAGAAGAGGAAGGUAUUGAAACAAGUCCAACUGACAGAAGCACGAAAUCCAUCUUGAGCACAUAUGCUUCCUCUUCUAAACUGGAUUGGUCUGAUAAUGAUGCGACCCUGUCUGAGUACUCUGAGGUUGCAACCCACUCUCGGCAUCUCAACUCACCUAAAAAGAGGAUCAACAGAAGCAAUCACUAUUCAACCCAGUCUUCUUUCAAAAUCUCCUCAGAACAAGAAGUAAGUCCUUUUUUAUCCAAGAACGAGACGGUUUCGAGACCAUCGACUUCGAAAUCGUCGCUGAUCGACAGAUUUUUGAGAAACGUUACUUUGAAGAAAAUUUUGGAUGCGAAAUCGGCGAAGAGGCAUAAAAACGAGAGAAAAUAUUUGGAUCUUUAUGUGAAGGGUGUGAAAGGCAAGUUUACUGGUUUUGACGAAGUUGAUAAGGAGUUGGAAAAAGAAAUAAUAAAUGGUUUGAAAAAGAAGGAGGCAAAUGCAGUUGUUUAUGAUAAGAAGAUGAUAAUUCAAUUGAAUCGUGAAGUGUUCAGGAGUCAAUUGGAGACUUUCAUCAGAUUAUUCAUGGUUAGAAGUGCUUAUACAUCUAAAGGAGAAAGUUGUCCCUUACUUGCUAUUCUGACAAACGCAGCCUUAUAUAUAACAAGUCUAAUAUCAGGUGGUCGAUAUAGAAACCAUUUCUUUUUACCUUAUUCUGACCUAAGUACAAUCUUGAUUGGACCAAAUGGACAAACAAUUCACAUUUCAAACUUCAAGCAAGAUAUGCAGUGUAUGAUCACAACAGGAUGUACCCAAGUGACUAACGAUUUCAUUGGUCAGUUAGGAAUGGCAAUGAGAAAGAAUAUAAACAAACCGUGUUUGCCAGCAGUGAAACAACUAAGUAUGCAUGAUUUGGUGAACUUAAGGAGAGCUAUCUGUAAACAAACUGCUGUACAAAAGGAUGAAGAAUAUGUAUACUAUAGUAUUGUUGAUAUCCAAGAAUUAAGUGUAAAUAUUGAAGAUGUCACACCACACGGUCCUACCAAAGAGGGACCGCUUAUGUUUAGAACGAAAGAAUCUGAUCUGAGAUGGGAAACAGCAUAUUUCAUUCUGAAAGCUGGAGUUUUAUAUAUGUUAUCUUCAGCCUCGAACAGAGUUCCUAUGAUGGUGUAUCCACUUAUUAACGGUGCCUGUCAAGGAGCUCGUCGUUUGCCUAAUUCUCCAAGACCACACACUUUUCAGAUUAUCAUCAACGGUAAAAAUCUUCAGCUGGCUGCUCCUGAUGAGUAUGUUGCCAGUGAAUGGCUACAAGCCCUCAUACAUGCUGCUAAUGGGACACACUACAAGGAUAAAUUGGUCACACAGUCUUGCUCUCUUCUGAUGACCACUGAACAUAUACUAACAGUAAGGGAGGCUUUCCCUUGUACAGUACAAUCUUUGCUCCUGGACGAAAUGGAACAAGAACUAAUAAGAGGACCUCAAGCAUUAUCCUGUGCUUCAAUAUUGGACCUGGUAUCAUUUCGAUUACCUUCAGCUGAGCAGAGUUGGUGCAUUCUUGAAUUUGCAUGUAGGGAAGUUUAUGAAUGUGGUGGAGACUGGAUAUUAUAUUUUGCCUCAAAUGCUGAAUUGGAAAAUUUCAUCUCGACGCUGGAAGUUCUAUGGGAAUAUAAUAAUGACAAAGGUGAAAGCUUUCCACUGUCUACCAUACCAGAAACUGAUCCACUCAGCAAAAAAUGUGUAGAUAUCUACAUGUCCCUCAAAAAUUCUUGGUCGUCUAACACAGUCCAUUUACAAUUUGUCUAAAAAUAAUUCUGCAAGAGUUAAUACUUAAGCUGUACUCAAAUUAAUCAUAACAUAAGAAAAAAGGAGUUUGCUUAAUAUUCUCCUAAUAUUAAAUACUCGAUAAGGUCAACAUAUACAUAUAUAUAUAUAUUUUUGUUUUUUUUUUUCAAUCACCAUAAUGGGUAAAGAGGUAAAGAGCCAGGUCGACUCACGACCAAGGCUCUCCUAGGUUGUUGUCAAAACCAUCCUGACAAUCCUUGUUGUUCACAGUAUUACCUCCUUCUGAGCUGUGCUGAUCAACUCAAGGUCUAGAUCAAGAAGUUUUAUAUAUAUAUAUAUAUAUAUAUAUAUAUAUAUAUACAUAUAUGUACAGUCAAAUCGAAAUAUAAUUUAGUACUUAAUUCUUUGCGCCUUCAGUUGCUCCCAGUUCUGAUUAAUGAUUUCAUUAAAAAAAAUCGUCUCAUCUUUUAUGCAAUUCAUUCAAAACAUGGAUUAGAUGUAUUUGACUUUUUAUAUUUAUUUAUGAAAAAAAAAGAUUGUGUUUGAACAAAGUCUGAUAUUCCACUUAACUUUGGAAUAUGAAUGAAAGGAUCAUUAAUUGAUCUCAAAAAGUAUUCACAAAAAUGUGAUAUGAGCACAAAAAUUUCAAUAAAUAUGUACAUUGAAGCUUAAAAGACAAGACUGGGGAAUAAGAAAAGAAGGCAUAUUAAUAGCUUCUUUAGAAUUGAGUUCUAGUGGAUGCUCAUUGAAAAUUAUUGUAGUAGUUGCAAAAAACUGUGAAUAAUAUUAUUUGAUUUUUGGAACUUAAUACUUGUAAAUACCAACUAAUUUAUUUUUCCCAAUUGAAAUUCACUUCUACUUUUGCCCUUCUAAGUUAGAUUUUCAAUUGUUCUAUGAGUUGCUCAUCCUGAAAUAAUUUUUUUUUGUUUACAGUUUGCAUUUUUCUUUCUUGAAGUUAUUUUUAGUUUAUCCAAUUUUAAUUUUUAUUUAUAAUUCAUAUUUUUUCUAUUGAAAAUAUUGAGUCUGUUCAUUUCUUCAAUUAUAUCUGGUGCACAAUUUUUUUUAGAGUAACCUAUUGAGAAAAUCUCGUAUGUUCUUUAAAAUUUCUAGUCAUUGUUGAACAUAACAUGAUAAUAUUACUAUUGUGAUCAUUAGAGAGUAGGUACUAAGGUAUUUAGAUUAGAAAUGUUUAAUAAGUAUACUAUGCUUCUAGUUAGUCAUGCACAACCAAUAAUAUUUAUAUUGGUAUAUUGUGGAAUCAGUUUUGAAAAUUGUUAAAGCCAUAUAGGACCGAACAAUUUAGUUAAUGAAAAAUGUUGAAUUGAUGGAUGAUCAUGCACUUUCUGUGAAAGAAGACUAUGGAAUGUUUGAAUAUAUAAUUAUCACUGUAACAAAAUAUAUUUUUUUUCUAUAUUAUUGUGAAUUGUUGAGAAGCUUUUGGAUGUUGAUUUUGAAAAGUAUGUGAUUUGAUUCUAAUUAAUCUUAUGGUAACAUGAGGAUUUUUAUUAUUGUUCAAUUGUUAUAUAUAAUGCUCAUUGUUUGUUUGCAUGUUGUAACGGUUUAUAACUUUUAGCUUUUUAUAUUUAUAUACUUUUAGAACUGAUUGAUUUUCAGAUGAAGCAAUUCUGUUGUAUGGAAGAAUGUAUUGUUUUUUAUAUUUAACCAGUGUUUACUGCAUAUUAUGUGGCCAGAAAUAAACAUUCAUUCCUAUCUCAUAAAUCAUGAUAGGAAAAAAGUAUAUUUUUUGUGUGAAGCAUGUCCUUUUAAUUCCAUCAAAUAUAUGAUGUAUGGAUAUUCCUGGGCAAAAUCUGAUAUAUAAAUCAAUUAAUCUA